CCGUCUCCUCCAGGGAGGAAAGGGGUCCACACCACACUGAGGGUGGGCAAUACCUCCCCCGCCCGCCCUCGCAACUUCAUCACCACCAGCCACUCUAGCACCGUACCUCCCUCGGCUGCAGGGGCCAUAGAGAGACAUGGGAACAGGAAGGUGGUCUCGGAGGAGCCCUCUACACUAGCACCAGCCAUAUCGGAUCUGAAGUCUGUAGUCACCUGGCUGCAGAGGGAAUUCCCAUUCCUCCUGAUCCUCCUAAAUAAAGUUUGUUUUCAGCACAAGCUGGGUAUUGCUGUAUGCUGGGAUGGCCAGCACGUUUCCUUCGCCAAUUCAACAUUCAAGCACCUGGUGUCGCUACGGGAGGAGAGGUCUGUGGUUGUAGCACUGUGGAUGAUCAUGCUCCUAUCUAGAAAAAUAUUGUAUCUCUACUACACAUUCAAUGCUGCGCAGUUGUACAACAGGCAUAUGUCACCAUGUGACUACGUUUCAUCCCAAUGUUUGCAAAGCCCAAAAUCAACAGCUUUGACUUCUUUGAUCUGGGCGAUGGGGAUCACUGACUUUGUUCUCAAGUACUUCACCAUCGGCCCUGUUUCUGCCCAAGAUCCUCCGUGGCCUUUAAAUCAAUGUCGUUUGACCUCUGUGGACGAGUAUCAGCCAUACGCAGGGCUAUGGAAAUUCUCUGCAGUUCUCAGAUCCAACCGUCCAGUUUUUAUCCAUCUCAUCCCCUAUCCACCUGAGGCGAGAGGCGAGUGACUGGGUCCCGGAGCAUGGUGAGGUUCCUUGGGCACAGACCAUCACGUCGCCGGGUAGAGGCAGAGGCUCGUCUAUCGGGAGCCAGCACAUCUUCUCUACAAAUCGCUCUAUCUUCUUUAUAUGUCCCCUCCUCUGAUCCGCUCUUAUAUAAAAUUAUCCUCUUUACUGUCCGGAUCUGAUCAGAUCUGGGCUGUGUUUUCUCUCUCUCUUUCUCGCUCUCGUUAUACACGAUUAAAGAGUCACAUGGUGUGAGGGGUUUACAUCAUCUUUUCCCAAGAGAGAGGUAAUCAUUAACUCUUAAAAAAACGUCGUCUCAUCUUAUCUGACGAGCCUUUUGUUUGAUAGGAUGGAGGAAUAGCGAUGUCUAAUUGGAUAAUCAUAGGAUUUAAAAUCAGUACAAUACAGGCUACUGCCCCUAGACAUUUUACACAAUCGGAAUUUUAUGCUAUU